AUGCGCAGGGCUGUAUCUCCUCUUGCUGCCUUCCCUCGGCUCUGGAACACCUGCUGCUUGGCUGCCGCGGCUGUGUCGCUUUUCCAAGGGAUCGGGCACCAUUCCGGACCCACGUUCGCUAGGGGUCGGUUUGCGGGGAGCUUCGCAGGUCGGGUCCUGCUGCAGCCUCUGGGGAGAGAGCCGACCUCUUCGAGUGAGCGCCGGCAGCCUGCACCCUGCAGUCUGGGGAGCCUGCGGACCCGCGGCUGCAGUCAGCCCUGCACGAUCCAGGCAGGGUUGAAUAGGGAAGUGGCAGAACGACCAAUGAAAGCGCAGAUUCCCGACCGCAAUCAAGUUGAAGAAACGUUUCCACUACUUAAAGAGGUACCUGUAAACUGUAUUUAUUCAGCUGUCUCAAUGGGAUUUUCUCUUAGUAAAUCUGCUACUCAGGUAUCUGCUAUGCGUAUGGAUUCGAAAGUGGAUGAUCACUUAAUGCAUGGGGCCGAGAAAAGCAAGUUGGAACCAGUGACUCAGUUAUUUCAAAACACCAAGAAAAUAAGAUUAGAAGACAGAAACCAAGAAAACUUUGCAAGAAGUAAAGAGACUGGCACAGAAUCUCUUUCAGAGAAAGCCUUGGGUCCAGUGGUGUAUGUUAAAGAAAGUGAUGGGAUAGAAAUGACAGAUGUGGAAUGAAGUUAUUUGUACAUAUUAUCAAAGAACCCAAAACUUGCUUUUGACUAAGAGGGCAGCUGAAUGAGAACUUAACCGUGUUAGGAAAUCCUAACAAAAUGAAGGAAGACGACUGCUUAUUUUUCACUAUUUAUGAAUCACCUUAGACUGCAUUUUUUGAUGAUACAAAUUAAAAAAAAACGUUGCUUUAGGGAGAAAAAGCUUUCCAAAAUUCAAAGCAGAUUUCUCUGGUAUUACAUUCUAUCUUUGUCAAAAAUCAAAAUUUUUGAGUAACAGUAUUUAAAUGGCACCAAAACAUUUUAAUUAUAUUUCUUUAACAAGUGAUCAAAAAACAGGGCCCAGACAGUUUGACAUCAGUAUUUCACACUAUUUCUGGUGUACUCCUUUUGUAUGUUAGAUUUCCAGUUUGGGACUUUGCUUUAGGCUACUUUAUCUUCCUGCAUUUUUACAUUUCUGUUCUGUAAAAGAUGAGUGCAGAUAAACUCUGCCAAAGACCAGUCAAUCACAUACCUUGGGAAGCAUUUCACAUUUUAAAUCAUCCUUUUAAAACUGUUUUUUUCUCCUACACUGAAUUCAUUUCAGAGUUACAAAAUAGCUAUUUCCAAGUGUAAUAGUUUAUCUUGCAGAUGCUAACAUUUUAUACCACCGCUAAUUAAGAAAACAGUCUAGUGUUAAAAAAUUCUUGUUUUAUAGAUAUAUCAGUCUGCCGUUCAUAUUGAAACAUCUAGUAAUUUGAAACAGCAGUAUUGUCCCAAGUAAUGUUAGAUGAAAUUAAAACCAUUUUGUGUCUGUAGUGU